UUUUUUUUUUGUUAUUGAAUGAUAUAAAAAAAAGUCAUUAAAUAUAUAUAUAUACAUAAAGAUACCUGACAUGGGCAACAAUAAACGAAGAUCUUCACCUACAAAAGAAACCAAAGAAAAAGAAACCGCACCUGUUUUACUGGCGGCUGAACCUUCCAACAAGAAAUGGCAAAACUGGUGGAUCCGGACCAUUACUACUUUUAUGAUGAUUGGAACUUUCUUUACGAUAUUGGCAUCUGGGCAUAUUUGGGUUAUUCUUAUGGUGAUUGCUAUUCAAACAACUGUUUACAAUGAAGUCAUUCAAAUCGCUGAUAUCCCUGCAAAGGAACGCAAUGUCAAAUGGUUUAAAACUAUGAGUUGGUACUUUUUAGUAACAACUACAUACUUUCUUUAUGGGGAAUCUAUUAUCUAUUACUUUGAACAAAUUGUACUUGUGGAUGCCUUCUUACUACCUUUUGCUGUCCAUCAUCGAUUUAUCAGUUUUGUUCUCUAUACCAUAGGUUUUGUAUUUUUCGUGAUGAACUUACAAAAGGGAUUAUACAAAAGACAGUUUGCUCAAUACGGAUGGACUCAUAUGGCCUUAUUAUUGAUUGUUUUUCAAAGUCAUUUCAUUGUUAAUAACAUUUUGGAAGGAUUGAUUUGGUUUGUUUUACCUACAUCUUUGGUGAUUUGCAAUGAUAUCUUUGCUUAUGUGUGUGGAUUCUUUUGGGGAAAAACUCAAUUGAUUCAAUUAUCACCAAAGAAAACUGUAGAAGGAUUUCUUGGUGCCUGGAUUUGUACUUUGAUUUUUGGUUUCUUGUGGACUAGUUUAUUGAUGCGUUGGGAUUAUAUGGUUUGUCCAGUCAAGGAUCUUUCUACAUCCGCUUGGUCUUCAAUCUCAUGUGAUCCAAAAAAUCCAGUAUUUAUUACCGUACCAUGGUCCAUCCCAGAAACUUGGUCUUGGGCUAUUAGCUAUGUGUUUAAACAACAAGUAACUCAAGUAUGGAUAGCACCUAUUCAACUUCAUGCAAUUGUUAUGGCCUGUUUUGCAUCACUGAUUGCACCUUUUGGAGGAUUCUUUGCUAGUGGGGUGAAACGUGCUUUUAAUGUCAAGGAUUUUGGAACUAGUAUUCCAGGACAUGGUGGACUAACAGAUCGUAUGGAUUGUCAAUUCUUAAUGGGUCUGUUCUCAUUUAUGUACUACCAAAGUUUUAUCAAGACUUACCAUUUAUCAGUCGGAUCUAUAUUGGGAACGGUGAUUAAUGGAUUACCUUUGAAAGAUCAAUUAGAAUUAUUGGAACGAUUUUUGACAUACUUUGUAAAUCAAGGAAUUCUGGAUCCUAGUGUGGUAGAAAAAUGUGGUACGCAAGCUCUUACUGAAGCAGCCAAGGCCGUAUUUGAACAAUAAAUGAUGGAAGUGCAAUACUCGCAGGCGAACAUUUAUUCUCUCUUCCUGAUGUGUUUUGUAUUGUCCUUUAUUCAAUUAGUUUAGUUUUUUAAAUCAAUAAAAAAGAAGAAAUUUUUGAUGAUCAAUAUUGUGUUACUUAAAUUUGGGUGGCAGCUCAAAUUGAGUGGGGC